AUGGAGAGCUGCCGGGCGCUGGCGCUGUGCGCCGUGGCGGCCGCGCUGCUGCUGAGCGCCCGCGGGCACGGAUCGACCCCGCCGCGCCGCGUCCGCGACCUGGGACCGCCUGGCGGCGGCGGCGCCUCCCGGGAGAAGGAGCUGAUCGAGGCGCUGCAGGAGGUGCUGGAGAAGCUCAAGAGCAAGAGGGGACCGCACUACGAGAAGAAGUUCGGGCAGGUGCCCAUGUGCGACGCCGGGGAGCAGUGCGCCGUGAGGAAGGGGGCUCGCAUCGGGAAGCUCUGCGACUGCCCCCGGGGUACGUCGUGCAAUUCCUUCCUCCUCAAGUGCCUGUAAGCAGAGGCGUCCCGGGACAAGCCGCCGGGAGUGCAGGCACCGACGUCUGGCCGCCCCGACCUCCGGCGACUUCCCGCAGCUCCUCCGCCCGAGAAACGCGGCGAUAAGUCCCCGCGUCGCCCGUGUAACGCUGUCCGUGAUAUCCGACAUCCGUGGAGCUGUUUUUUUUCUCUCCCCCGCCCCACCCCGUCCUCUCCCUCGCCUCCUCCCCUGCUUUUUUUUGUCCGUCCAGGAAAAUCCCGGGCCGUGCCUUGGGAGUAGAGGUGCCGGUCCCGGGAGCUGCAGUGCCGUCCCAGUGCAGACCCGAGUAGCGCCGAGC